AUGUUCGGACCACGGCGGCCGCAGGAGGCAAGCAGAGACUUACUGACCAAUCCGACGCUGCUCGAGGCGUUUGGAGGCAACAGCUUGGCGUACCAAGGCAAUGGACCUUCCAGGGUGGGAACCCUCGACGAGGCGAUGGGGGAGGAAGGCGAAGAGGUGCCCAAAGUCUUUUCGAUGCAGGGGCUUGGCAGCUCCUCUGGUGUAGCCAGUGCUGGCGCAGCGUCACAGGGCAACUGGUACAGGAACUCAUCCUUUGGAGCAGGGGCUGCUGCUGGAGCUGCUGGAGGUUGGGGCCAUAGUUUGUUGCUACAUCCUGCUCCGGUGCAGGAGGGGCUCGGGCUUGGCCGGGAGCCCGGUGGCAGAAGCGGCGCAUGCUGGAUCACCGCAUUCGGAUUCCCGAGCAGACUGGCACCCGCUGUGCGGCAGCAGCUCGAAACAAUUUGUGGACCAAUCGUCGAGGUCUGCUAUGGUGAUGGAAACUUUGUUCAUGUCUGCUUCGCGAGCUCGCAGGCAGCAAACGCAUGCUUGGCUCUAAACGGACAGCUCCUGCUGGGGAAGCUCAUGGUGGGCUGCGUCCCGUGCACCCACGCUGCAGGAGACUCAAUGCUCGUUAUGAGUCAGGCAUUUCGAUUGCCUUGCAACCAAGGCCCUCCUUUCAGGGGACAGCCUGGAGCAAGAGGCUCCCCAUGA